CGGAAAGUAGGUUACCGUGGUUACUAAUGUUGUCAACUCUCAGACUGCCGAAGAAGAAAAACAGGUACGUGAGGUAGCCAUGAGUGGGAGAGACCUUCGUUUGUUUAUUACAAACCACAGAUCAGAAGAUAUAGAAAAGCUGGCAUUUAGGAUGAAAGAUGGCCUUGGCAGCACCAAAUACAAACCAGUGGAUUAUCAUCAACUACAAGUUUUUACAGGGGCCAAAAAGCUUCUUUCUGCAAAUAUAGAAAUGAAGAUUCAGAAAACAGUUCAAGCUGCAAAACUGACCAAAGAGCAGACAUAUGUAAAGCAGCAUCGGCAGGUUUGGUGCCAGGAACAAAAAAGAUUAAUGAAAGCAGAGCAAAGAGCUGAUUUGGAGCUUCUGCAUUUUUUGGACCAUGGAACAAAUUCUGAAAUUCUUUCAGAAAUGAUGGAGUAUGAGCUAAACUUGGAGGAAGACAGAAAAGCCUUUAAAGCUGGUACAGUGGAUCCUAUUGUGCAGUUAAAAAAUGAUUUACAACACAGACUCUUAGAAAUGCACCACAAUGCCUUGCAAAACACGUCUGAUUGUGACUUAAUACGGGAGCAGGUUGAAUUUGUAAAGGAGCAGCAGAAAGACAUAAUAGAAAAACUCAAGUGUGAAAUUCAAGCUGCAGAAGAAAGCAUCAGUGUGACUAGAGCUGAGGAAUUGCUUUCUUCAUUGGAAGUUAUUCCUAGUGAUUUAGAGCAAAUACCCAAGCAAGUAUUACUUUUGCAUUGUCCCUAUCCUGAUCUGAAGGCUUCAUUGCUGAAUGAAUUCCAGACAUUUGGGAACAAAUACAAGUCCAGGCUACAGAACAUUAAUGAACGACUGAAGGCUCUGGACAGUUGCUGUGGAUGGAGUGAACUGGAUCACUUUGUAUUUCAUACCACUAUUGACCAGUAUCCUCAUGAUCUUAAGAACAGAAGAACCAUGUACAUGGAUAUGCUACGAAGACUGCUGCCUCACAAAUCAAAACAGGAACUGAGUGACCAUGAGAGGUCUUGGGACUGGUACCGUUUUACAGUAGAGCAGCAGAAAUCUCUUGUACAGGGCUGGAUCCGAGAUAAAAAGGACUUACAGUUAAAGGCAGUAGCAACUCUUGAUGAGGCAUGUAUGGCUUAUGAAGAAGAGAUUGCACUGAAGAAUGACAGAAGGCGGCAACAAGAAAUAUGUGCUGAACUGAAAGACAAGCUUGAACACUGGCGUGCACAACAGGAAGAAAUGGCAAGGCUAGAAGCAGCUAUAGCAGACAGGAAGCAAGCGGAAGAAGAGGAAAAACAGAAAAAGGAAAAGCUCAAAUGUAUACAGAAAAGAUCACUGGAAAAAGAAAAGAUUAAACAAUAUUACAUAGAGAAGCAAUUGAUGAGAAAUGAAAUGGAAAGAAAAGACCAACAGCGACUGGAAGAGCUGAAAAAGUCCAUGGCAGAGCAAGCUAAAAAAGACAGAGAAAGGGUUCGGUUCAGACAGUGUUUGCUGCAGCAGCGUGUGAAGGAAAAGGAAGUACAAGCUCUUCAGCAGCAACAGGAGGAGGAAGAGAGGCAACGCCACCUAAACAUCCUUAGAAACCAGGUUGCAGUUGUGGCAGAAUUUGACCCUGUGAGGAUGAUGAGUGACACAGAAGCAUCAAAAGCAAGACAUGGGAUUGGUGCAGAUGAAGAGUUUGUUCUUCAAAGGCCACUUUUCAAUUUGCACACAUACAGUGAAAAUCAGAUAGUCUCUGAUCCUCGAGUUCGAGUUGAACAAGCACUCAGAAAAGCAGGACUUCAUAAUACUUUUUAUGCCAAAGAAGUUUUAUCAAACAUCUGCCCACCGAGACCUCCAAGGAGAGACAUGGAAUCUACUGUAUUCCAGACAUGAUUACAGAACAAUAUACACCUUUCUGCAACAUGUUUCUCAAAUUCUGAUGUCUGUGUAAAUGUUUGGUAUUACAAAUAACACCUUGUAAUAAUUAUAGA